GGGGAGAAAGAUCCGUCAGGGAAGGCGACGAGUGGUCCGAACCUCCUUCCCCUUCCUUCCCUUUCCCCUUCCCCUCACAGGAAAGGCUGGGACCCGGCACCGGGGCCAUCCGGUGGCCGCCGCUGCCUCAGCUCCAGCCAGGCCUGGGUACGUGGAAUCCAGGCCGGGCCCAGGGCGCUUCACACAUCUCAAAGCCUGCCCUACCGGAUGCAGAGAGAUUGGGGAGUGCGGAGAAGGGGAGCAGAAAAAAGGAGUGCUCCCUAUUGUGACAUCACACCCUUCCCUUGGCAAUGGAACCUGUCACUGGGAAGGAAGACUCAGUUGGUGAAUAGCCAACAAGAUGGGUUUCUUGGAGUAUCUCCUGAGUGCUACUGAGUGGAAGCAUCAGGGGGCUGGAACCUUGUAAAAAGGGAACCUGCCCCCCACCAUUUGGAAGGACCUGGGUUUCAGUGAUGAGACAUGGGGUAUGAUGUAACACGUUUCCAGGGGGAUGUUGAUGAAGACCUUAUCUGCCCUAUUUGCAGUGGAGUCUUGGAGGAGCCAGUCCAGGCACCUCACUGUGAGCAUGCUUUCUGCAAUGCCUGCAUCACCCAGUGGUUCUCUCAGCAGCAGACGUGUCCGGUAGACCGUAGUGUUGUGACAGUUGCCCACUUGCGCCCAGUACCUCGGAUCAUGCGGAACAUGCUAUCAAAGCUGCAGAUUGCCUGUGACAACGCUGUGUUUGGCUGCAGUGCCAUUGUCCGGCUCGACAACCUCAUGUCUCACCUCAGCGACUGUGAGCACAACCCGAAGCGGCCUGUGACCUGUGAACAGGGCUGUGGCCUGGAGAUGCCCAAAGAUGAGCUUCCAAACCACAAUUGCAUUAAGCACCUGCGCUCUGUGGUACAGCAGCAGCAGACGCGUAUUGCAGAGCUGGAGAAGACGUCAGCUGAACAUAAACACCAGCUGGCAGAGCAGAAGCGAGAUAUCCAGCUACUAAAGGCAUACAUGCGUGCAAUCCGCAGUGUGAACCCCAACCUUCAGAACCUGGAGGAGACAAUUGAAUACAACGAGAUCCUUGAGUGGGUGAACUCCCUGCAGCCAGCCCGAGUGACAAGGUGGGGAGGGAUGAUCUCCACGCCAGAUGCGGUGCUCCAGGCCGUCAUCAAGCGCUCCCUGGUGGAAAGCGGCUGCCCUGCCUCUAUUGUCAACGAGCUGAUUGAAAAUGCCCACGAACGCAGCUGGCCCCAGGGCCUGGCUACACUAGAGACAAGACAGAUGAACCGGCGAUACUACGAGAACUACGUGGCCAAGCGCAUUCCUGGCAAGCAGGCCGUGGUUGUGAUGGCCUGUGAGAACCAGCAUAUGGGUGAUGACAUGGUGCAGGAGCCGGGACUUGUCAUGAUAUUUGCGCAUGGUGUGGAGGAGAUCUAGGAGACCUCGAUCAGCUGUCAGGAAGAGAUGGAAGUCAGAAAAACUUGCAUCACUCCAGCAACUGGGCCCUGAAUCCUUCCCACUAUCUUUAAUGCCAUGGCGGGCACUGGAGCCACACAUUCCCCUGUCCUUCUGACACAGAAGGGCCCUGGGGCACUUAGAUCAGUCUUUUGGGAGGGAAACUCAGAUUCCUGCCUUUUGCCAUAUUUCUUCCCCUAAAAUGUCUGUCAAUGUACAGUUGUGGUGGGAAAGGCCCCUCAUGGUAUUUCCUGCCAAAGGUCCCUGGUUCUAGAUAUUUCCAGAAAGCACAAGACAUUUGGUUUCCCUAGAGGAUCAAGGUGGAGUGAGGAGUCUUAAUUGUCCCUCUCCUCCAAAACCAGGGAAUCAGAGCGGGCAGACCUGUUGGCUCUAAGCAGCUUUUAGAGGGAAGCUCUGAGGAGCAGACUUCCUGAAGAAAUUGUAAGGGUGGAACCAAAAUCCUAGAAGUCAGUAGUGAGGCCAGGAGUUGGCCAUCACUGGUAACCCUUAGGGGACAGUUGGACUUGUGUGCCAAACACGUCCCUGGAAGGCCCACCUUAAAGGUGCAGGCUCCUGCUGGGUCUGCAGGUAUGCAGGUUGGAUUGCUGAACAUUUCCAGAUGAGCUCUUUUUUUCCUAUAUGUUUUCAUAAUUAGGGAAUGACAGGGUUGGGGGUAGGGGCUAGACUAUUGGGGUUCAUAUGUUCAGCGAAGUUGCUGCUCUAUGGCUUUUGCUGAAGUAGGGUAGGCACGGCCUCUUGUGGCAUGUCCAUAAUAGUUCAUACACUCCUCUCUGUGAUUAUAGUGAGUUAUUUUGAUGAUUUCCUUUGGCUGUUUGUUUAUACUUCACAAAUCCUGUCUGUUUCCCACUUUUUUUUUUUUAAGAAUGGCCUGGUUAUGGCUACCUUACUCUCUAGCCCAGCCAUGUUGUUGGCAAUUUAAUUUAUUUACCUUUUUUUUUAAAGAAAGAAAAAAAUUCAAACUUUUCUUUUGCUGUUCCUCUUGUGGGGACUCUGGAUAGGGUGGACAGGGUGGGAUCGGUGUUAGAAUUUUUCUUUUCAGCACAACCUUUGGCUUUAAUAUAGGAAGAGCCAAGGGAGUCCUUGGCUGAACUUAAUGGUAUCUGCUGUAUCUCUUGUCACCCCAUCUAAGAAGUGCUUCCUCUGCCCCUGUGUUGGAUGUGACAGUCUAGCAGCAAUGCCUGUGGCCCCUUGAAGAAAUGUGCUCUGGGCUCUAUUAGGGUCUCAUUAUAAAACCCUGGGUUUCGAGUAUUCAUUUGGAAGGCAACUCUCUCCCAUCUUCCCCUGGAACCAUAUAGCUGAGUUCUAAGUUUCAAUAGGCAAAUGGAUAGAAAUUCCAUGUGUCUUUCAAAACAGGCUAUGCUGUGUCAUGCAUGUCGACUGAGGGACUUCCUUCCAUUUUAGCUGCCGAGGCAUUCCUCACUCCCUGUGGCAACUGGCAGAGUGUGGGGGUGGGGGGUGGGUAGUUAAUGUCAUUGAAAUGCCCUAUAGGGAGUCGGGUUGGAGAGAGAUGGGAGGGCUCCUCCCACCAAUGAACAGCUGCUUCUCUUUGGAGUUAGCUCAUUGCAGGCCAGUUUGCUGUCGGUCUGGGUGGUAGGUCUGCUGGGGCUGGGGUGGAGGGGCGUGGGGAGUAGUCAUAUGUUCCAGCUCUAGGCCACGGUGCUCAGGAAUUAGAAAACGCUGCUAUACUUACUCUGGUUACUACAUUUCUCCCGCCCCCCCCCCCCCCGCCCCUGCCCACCUCGCCAAGGCGGGCACUCCUGUUCCCACCCAUGGACAGAGCCUGGAACCUCAGUUCAGGCUUCCCAGCCCUUUGCACUAGUGUCUGCAGGUUGCUGGUUGUGUUGUGUGUGCUGUUCUGUGGUGUUGACUGCACUAAUAAACCUUUCACUCAA